AAAAAUGGUCGCUUUAAGGAAGUCCAAAGAGGAUUUGUCCAAAAGUCAUAAACCACGAGCCGACCAGAGCAAAGCAAAUAGACUAUACGCUGAACUCCUCCUUGAGGGAAACUCGGCACUGCAGAAUGAGGAUCUUGAUGGAGCAGAAGAACACUUUGCGUCUGCGCUUAAACAUGUGCAUGACCCGGAUUCACCCCGGCUUCAAGAGGAGGAGGAGUGUCUGCGCAAGCUCGGGACCGUGUACGUCAGACGAGGCGAACAGACAAAAGACGGGCAGGACUUCGCUAAAGCCACGGCGCUCUACAACGCCGCUCUGGCCAGGAACGGCGGCAAGCAGCUUCUCAUCGACUCCAUCAAGGAAGCCGAGCGGCUGUUUCUGUACCACACCGUGGGGAUCGACUGUAAACCAGCGCCCUACGAGACCGACAUCCAACACAAGAAUCGGCUGGAAGAGUACAGAACUGAAGUCAAAGUCCGCCUAGACACGAUCCACAAGGAGCACAACCCGUACCGGUAUGAGGAAGACGAUCCGUUAGUCAAAGAAGUGGAGAAGAAGCGAGCAGAAUCGGUCAGGGACUUGUUAAAGGACAUAUCAGAACAAAGAAAGGACUUAAUCAAAGAUCUUGUAGAAGAAUGUAUCGAGACAAUCGGACGGCCGCCAUGUCGGUACGCUAUGGUAGGUUUGGGCUCACAGGCUACAGAACUGGUUACUCCGUACUCCGAUCUGGAGUUUGCCAUCCUGAUAGAGGAGGACAAGGACACUCAGAAGAACAAAGAGUACUUUCUCAACCUCACCUGUUACCUGUACUUAAAAAUCAUCAACCUGGGAGAGACCAUCCUCCCAGCAGUGGCGAUAAAGUCCCUCAACGACUUCCAUUCAGAAGACCCGGCUGACAGCUGGUUCUACGACUCUGUCACUCCUCGCGGCUUCGCGUUUGACGGGGCCAUGCCAUGGGCGAGCAAAACGCCGUUCGGUAGAGAGAAGACGAGAACCAAGCCCGCCGUGAGCCUGAUACAAACGCCUGCAGGCAUGGCUGAGUUCCAGCGACAUGACAUCGCCCUCGCUCAUGGCUACCACCUGUCCAGCAUACUGAGGUACGUCUCCUAUCUGACUGGGGAUCAGACACUGGUGGACGACUACAUGGCAAGAGUCAUUCAAGAGCUGAACACCUUGGACAAGAACGGUGAGGCUCCAGUUGCGGGCGAGUUGGCAUGGUUUUCUAUACAUCAGACCCCGCUAGAGCACAAGGAUAUGGAACCCACCGACAGGCUACUGGACGUCAAGAAAAAAAUAUACCGUUUCCAGACUGUUGCAGUUAUGAAUCUAGGUCUUCUAGGGGGCGUGUAUGCGACAAGCGUCUGGGACACCAUUGAGGAAAUGGAAGACGCAGGUGUCGUCACUAAAGAAAACGCCCAUCACCUGCUGGUGCUGGUCAGCAUUUCCGGUGAGCUGAGACUACGGACGUACCUGGAGCUCGGGGGCCAGAAGGAAAACUUUUCCGGUCUUUUGGGAGUGCAGAAACAACAGGACCACAGCGGCGAUACACAGCAGGAAGAAGGUGGCGAAGCACUCCUCAAAUCAGUGUUCCACGUGCCGGAUCAGAAAAUGCUGUUAAGGUACCACUACACAGCUAUUCCACUUAAGACAUACUUCCUUAAUGGAUUAAAAAUUGGCUGUUCUGCUGAGUUCAUCGCAACCUUACCAGAACGCAGGGCUUUCUAUGAUGCCUCUCCCAGGGUUAAGGCAGCCAUAUGUAUAAAGCUUUUGCAGUUCACGGAAGUGUUAUCACACACAGAGGAGGCCUUGAAAGCGUUGGAGGAUGGGAAAGAUGCUGGGCCAUGGAUAUACGGUCCGACGAGGAGUCUUGAUUUAAAGGCAUCCCUCCUGGGCCAGCGAGCUGAGAGUUACAGCCGGCUGGGUGACCACAGAAAGGCCAUCAGCUGCUGGGAAGAACAGCUAAAGAUCCAGCAGCAGUUACAUAGGCCUGGUUCAUCGCACGAAGAGAUGUUCAUCACGUAUAGCCACAUUGCGAUGGCCUGCGCAGAGCUGUUUAUUGCUGGCCAUUCUGUGUACUUGGAAAAGCUAGUCACGUGCGCAAAACAGAUGAACUUGUUAUUGAACAAGGAUAUUGAUGCUGAACAUGCGAAUCCAGAUCAUGAGUUAAAAACGACAUUAUUAUCGACGCAUUACAGUAUGCUAAAUAAAAUAGAACUUAUGGUUGGUAACCCUACUGUACAGCCAACUAUUGAUCUUGUGACGGCCAACAAUCUUGUGAGCAACGGUGAAGAAGCACUUGUACUGAAUAUAGCAAAUAUCUUUAAUAGAGGAAGUUCCUUUCCCCUACAUAUUGCUAAAUCGCGUCAGGCCCUAGUACGAUUAUGCACUAUGGUACAAUGUGAUUACACUAAAGCCAUCACAUAUACAAAUGAAUGGUUGAAAAUGAUGAAGAUCGCAUAUGGCCAAGACACAGCACAUCCUGACAUCGUUGCAGCACUUACAGACGCCGGUGAUAGUUUGUGUGGCCGGGAUGAUCAUGUCAUUGCGGUACGCUUCUACGAAGAGGCCCUAGAAAUGAACACAGUUGUCUAUAGGACCGGUACGCCACAUCCUGAUACAGCUAACAUACUCACCAAGCUUGGAUCAGCAUGUCGCAAGGCAGGUGAAUACACGGAGUCCGUCGGAUAUUACGAGCGGGCGCUGGAAAUGAAGAAGACCAUGCACGGGCAGGAUGCGGCGCACCCUUCCAUUGCUGCAACCCUCCGUCAUCUCGCGACAGUUUAUGGGGACCUCGGGGACCACACCAAAGCUAUUCAGCUCAACGAGGAAGCCUUAAACAUGUUAAAGGUCAUCGAAGGGGGGAACAAACCACCUGGAGGAGACGGAGUGAGUCAUCCCGACAUUGCAAAUGUUCUUCAUGAUCUGGCAUACCUGUGGUCCAAUGUAGGUGAUAACGAGAAAGCUCUUGACUUCUAUGAGCAGGAAUUGAAGAUGAAUCAAGAGCUCUACGGCCAGACCACCCCUCAUUAUGAUACCGCCAAAGCGCUCGAAAAUAUGGGGACAUGUUUGGAAAAAUCGGGUGAUAACUUCAAAGCAAUAAGUGUUUAUGAACAAGCACUGAGCAUGCUGGAAGAGGUUCUUGAAAAGAGUAAGGAACAUCCCGACAUGGCCUGGUUGCUAAGCAACCUUGGAUCAGCAUGUCGCAAAGCAGGAGGAUACAAGAAAUCCCUCCGCUACUACGACCGGACACUGGAAGUCUAUAAGACAAUACACGGGCAGGAUGCGGUGCACCCUUCCAUUGCCGAGUCCCUCAGUCACCUCGCGACAGGUUACAAAUACCUCGGGAACUACACAAAAGCUGUUCAGCUCUACGAGGAGGCGUUAAACAUGUUUAAAGUCAUCCACGGCGGGAACGAAGAACACGGAGGACAUGAACCGCGUCACCCCGAAAUUGCGUGUGUCCUUAAUAACCUGGGAUUCCUCUGGCUUACUGUCGGUGAUAACGAGAAAGCCCGUGCUUUUUUUGAACAGUCUUUAAAGAUGUUCCAAGAGUUCUACGGCCCGACCACCCCAAAUCACAUUACCGCCAUAUCGCUUGGUAAUAUGGGGGGAGUUUUGCAAAAAUUAGGGGAUUACCUCAAGGCAAUCAGUUUCUACGAAGAAGCACUGACGAUGUUGGAAGAGGUUUUCGGCAAGAAUACAGAGCUUCCACACAUUGCUUGCUUGCUAGGCGGCCUUGGAUCAGCAUGGAGCAAGACGGGAGAAUACACGAAGUCCCUACAAUACUGCGAGAGAGCGAUGGGAAUGAUAGAAAACCUUCACGGCCAGGAUGCGGCUUACCCUAUCAUUGCUGAAACCCUCCGUAACAUCGCGACAGUUUAUGAAGACUUCGGUGACCACACAAAAGCUAUCCAGCUCUACCAGGAUGCACUAGACAGGGUGCAAACCGUCCAAGGCGAGAACAAAACACAUCCAGAUAUUCUGAAGCUGCUCAAAAACCUUGAGACAGUUUACACCAAAGCUGGAGAUCAAGAAAGGGCCAGCAGCUACCGCGACCAGGCUCGUGCCCUGGAGAAAGCUACCAAGGAAGAAGAAACUCCACAUCUUGAGGACACCGAGUCAACAGACCACAAGGAGUAGCAAACUUUUACAUUCCUGUGGCUCUACUGUAUUCAUACAUGUAUAACUACGGACAUACAAACAAAUAAACAGACAAACGCACCGAAAAAUCCGCCUCAGUAGCUACCGCGACCAGGCUCGUACUCUGACGAAAGCUACCGAGGAAGAAGAAACUGUACACGAGGACACAGAUAUAACGGACCAUAAUGAGAAGUGAACUUUGAAAUCACAUGAACAGGAAUCAUUCAUGUUUGGAGAUGAGAUGAACACCAAAGAGUACACACUGAGUCAUCACGCGUGCUCUGAGGAUACACUGCUCUUAUUCUGCUGUACUUAUCAAUUGAUGAAUGCUGGUUACAUGUAGAUCAGAGUCGUUUAUACUGGAUGUCAAAUGAUGUUCUAAAUAGUUCUGAUACAUAGUCUAUGCCAGAUGUGUUAUGCUAUCUUCAUUUCUAUUAUAACAGUUAUAGAUAUGGAAAUGAAAUGAACACCAAACAUCUACAGUGUGCCAUGAGUCAUUAUAAGCUUUUAUAUAUUCCCAGUUAUGUUGUAUUAUUGCACCAUUCAUCAUCUCUAGUGUGCAGAAGGGCAACAAGUUUUUGCAUAAACUGUUUUGGAAAGACUUGACUGUGCAGUCAUGUAAUC